UGGCGACAGAAACAUAGUGUGGUUGCCAUGGUAACGGAGUGUGUCCUUCGAAGACCACAAGUAGCGUCUGUGCUGCUUAGAAAAACCGGUGUAAAUAGAACUCCUUUUCCACGGCUAAGUGAAGGUGGCUUUCAGCUCUCGCUUCAGAUUUGAGUUGACCUUUAAGCGUUAUCAUGGCUCUUAAAAUUAUUUUAUUUUUGGGUUCCGUAAGAGAAGGAAGAAAUUGCGCUAGAGUUGGAAACUUUAUCAAAAAACAGAUUGAGGCAAAAAAUCAUUCUGUCACUGUUUUUGAUCCUUUGUUGAUGGAGUUUCCCUUAUUGAAGAAGCCCUUGCAUUUCCAUGGACCUAAUGAGAAGCCUCCAGAGUGGUUAGUGCAGUAUAAUGCUGCUAUUGAAAGAGCAGAUGGCUAUGUUGUUGUCUCAGGAGAGUACAACCGAUGCAUCCCACCUGCACUCACAAACAUGAUGGAUCAUUUUCCUCCAAAAUCUUACAGAUGUAAGCCUUGCAGCAUUGUCUGCUAUUCUGCUGGUCCAGGAGGUGGAUCAACUGCUGGAAUGCAAUUGCGAUACUUUUUAGGGGAAUUAGGAAUGGUUACCCCUGGAUUUAUGUACACUAUACCUGUUGUGCAUAAAGCAUUUUCUGAAGAUGGAGUUCCAGAUCCCUCAAAUGAUACUGCAGUAUCGAAGGCAGAGAGAUUAGUUUCAGAAUUAGAAUGGUAUGCCACUGCAUUGAAAACGCAUAAGGAGAAACAAAACCUUCCUUGAAGUUCCUUUUGUUAUAUUUGCUAAUUAUUACAUUUAUUAUGCAUGUAGGUAAUCUCUUUUUGUUAAAUAUAAGCUAUGUGCUUUGAAUUUUUUUUUAUUAAUGCUGCAGAAUCUCUUUCUUGAACAUUUGUAAUUAAUAAUAUUUCCUAUCUGUGUUGGCAUAAGUUUAAAAAACCGCUAUUGUAAAAUUGUCUUUUAGAGCUCGCAAAGAUGUAUCAUUGUUUAGAUUGGGUAUUGAUUAAUGUCAUUUAAAUUAGUUCAUGUGUGCUCAUACAGAUGUUUAUUAACUUAAAGAAGAUUUGAAAUGUACUGUGUUAUUCCUGUCUUUUCUGAAGUGUUGAGAAAUUUUUUUAUUUUUAAAUUAGCUGCAUAUUUUAUGCAGGAGAUGUAUGCUUUCUAAUAUUGAUAUGUAUUGUAUAACUUAAAUUCUUUAGUUAAAAAUGAUUAUGUGGUUUUUAUUAAUAUAUAACUGCUGUUACUGCAAUAAGCUCUUAUAAAGGAAAGCAUUUUUUAAGUGCCGGAAAAAUCAGAAUGUGUUUAUAAGGUUAUAAUUACAUGAGAGAUGUUUUGCACAUUUGUACUGAUUUUUCACUUUUCUUUCAUAUAUGGCAAUGCUGCUGGAGAGUACAUGUCAUUAUUUUAUAUUAAAUAGUGCCUUAAAGUGAAAAUGAGUAUUUUGGACAUUUGCCUAUAAUAGUAACAGUGAUUAUAUAUUUUAAAACAUUUUAGGUUUGAUAAUUUAGAAGUCUAACAUAUAGCAUCAUUUGAAGUUAAGGAUGUUCAGCUGUACAUCAAUGUUAGAAAAACAAAUUAUUUAGAAAUGAAUUAGGAUCAUUUCAAGUUAAGGAUGUUCAGCUGUAUAGCAUUGUUAGAAAAAUAAAUUGUUUAGUAAGAUAGCUGUUGCUUGUUAUUAAAUGAUAAAGGUACUUUUCCCAGUUCUUUUUCUUGUAUAUGUUAUGUAAUUACAUGAUUAUGAAAGACUAGAAUUUUCUUAGUUCUUAUUGAUAUCUGUAUGUUGAGGUUUAUGUUCAUUAUGUGAUUUAUAAAUUAAUAUUUUUUAAGCCUCAGAAUUAUAUUUUUUUAUAUUUAUACAUAUUUGACAAUCUUAAUAUUCUGGUCUACAAUGCAAUGAAAGGCCUCAAGAAAUGCAUGGGAAAUUUAAACUUACAAUGAGCCUAAUGAAUUGCUAUUGUGCCUUGCUUCAUUCAAAUGAGAAUAAGAAUACUAAAAAUUUUGGAUUUUACAAGUGUAACAUAUUUUCCAAUGUAGAUGUAUAGUUGCAUGUAAUUUAAUGAUGAAUGUUUAAGAGCCAAGCGUUGUGCAAAUGCUCUUCUCCUAAGACUAUCCAUUCUUUUGCAUAUAUUUAAAUUGUUUUCUUCCUAGUUAUAUCAAGUUUACCAUAUCGUCUAAUUAAGCUUUAUUAAAUUAUCUAAUAAAUGUUUAUUCAUAUAUUUUCUUUCAUUAAUUGAGUAAGUUUUAAAAUGUAUUUUCUUCCUUUAUGUUAGAACAGAUGCAUUUUCUGACACACAAGCUACUGUUAUGAUUUUAACUGCAGUAAAUGAAGAUAUCAAAAUUUUUAUUAUAUUCUUUACAUAAAAUGAUUGUUUUAUAUUUUAGUUAAAUGAAGCUUAUACUGUAUUAUUGAAAAUGAUAAUUUUAUUUUAUAAACCAAAAGUUCAAUGAUAAAAUUUAAAUUGUGGAAUAGAAACACAUGCUUAAAAAACUUUUUGAAAUCGCUGACAUUUUUAACACAUCUUGAAAUUGUAAUAAUAAGACACAACAUAAUGAAUAAACAUAAUUUAGAAUAUACAUGCAUUGUAUUUGUGUUGCUUAUAUAUAUGUGUGCAGUGUUGUAUACAUUUCUUGGUACAUUUUCUAUAUAAUAUUCUCUUGCAAGAAACACUUUUUGUUGUAAUGUUUUCGUUAUACUAACUAAUUUAUGUAUUAGGUAAUUUACUUAUACUGACUUGAUCUAAAAUUCUGUAUGUUAAUUCAAUUUUCAUUAGUUGUGUAAUUUAAAGGGAAUUCUUUUAAUAAUUUCUUUAUGUAAUUUUACUCUGAAAUAAAUUUAUCUAACUGGGAUUUGCAGAUAAUCCAUAUGUUUAUAUCUACAAGGUAUAAGACACAUUAGAGUGUACCAUAGAUUAGGUAUUGACAAAAUAAUUUCUUUUGUUUAAUAUGCAAGGGUUUCCAGACUGCAUUUUGUCUUAUUGCUUUAAGUUUAAUUAUAUUAGGAGAUUUCUUUUCGUUCUGAGACAUUUCAUUGUUUGAAAUUAGGGUAAUCAAUGCCAUAACAUUCUGCUUCUUUUCUUGAUGUUUUAUUAGGGUGUCAGUAAUUUGAAAUUUGUUCACAUUUAUAGAAUAAAGAAUAUUCUUUAUAGAAUAUUCUUUAUUCUAUAUAUGUGAAUGUGUGUUUCUAUAUAUGUUCUUUAUUCUAUAUAUGUGAAUGUGUGUUUCUAUAUAUGUUCUUUUAUAGAAUAAAGAAUAUUCUUUAUUCUAUAUAUGUGAACAUAAUCUUUAAAUACUUUUAAAUUACCUUAAGUUACUUUUCAUGAAUGAUUUACAAAUUUUACAAGAGUUGUACAACUAUUUAUGGAUUAUCUCACUAAUAUUUGUGAUGUAUUGAAAUUAUCAACUAUCAUAUUACCUACUUUAUUUUUACAUUGGAGGGUCACAUUUAUAUUUCUCUAAAUCAGCCAAAGGAAUAUAUAUAUAUAUAUAUAUAUAUAUAUAUAUAUAUAUAUAUAUAAUCUGAAUCAGUACUGAUCCAGAUUUUUUGAUUGAGAAUGCAUAAAUGGCAGCAUAUUUUGCUAAGAAAUAAUUGUUCCACAAUUGAAAGUACAUCAUUAUGUCAACAUGACUGAGAAGUAUGAAAUUUUGCAUGUACUCAUAAUAUUUUGUAUAUUAAAACUUUAAAAACUUCACUUUCAUUUUUACUUAAAAACGAAAUAAAUUGAAUUUAGAUUCAGACUGAGAUUUAUAAGUGUAAGAACCUAGCAACUGCUUUCAAAUUCCAUUUUCAAAUUCCAUUUUCAAAAUUUCAAAUUCCAUUUGUUAAAUAUAAGCUAUGGCUAAAUGAGACCAGCAGAUAUAUGAAUGGUUGUAGAAUUUCUUCAGAUUAAAAGGUAAACAACUAAAAUGUUUGCCAUGCUGUAAUCAGUUUUUGGAAAUUGUUAUAGUAUAAAUUGAUUUAACAUAGUAUACAAUUACUAAAAUCUGAAAACAAAUUGUAAAAGUGAAAAGUUGAUAAUUAUACUUUAGUUUCAAAAUCACAUUAGUGAAUGUUCUUGUGUUAAAAUGAUAUGUAUAAAAUAUGUAAAAAUUUGUCAUUGAUGUUGAAUUAUUUAUCACUAACUAUAUUUAAUUGUAAAUAAUUUGCACCUUAAUCAAAAUAAACCUAAAAAAUAACUUAUUGGGACUAAAUUUUGAAAUAUCAUUACUUGAAGAAAUACGUGAAAUAACUUGGAACUUUGUGGAAAAUUUAAAUACUUUAAAAAUAUUCAUAAUUCUAAAGUGUUUAAUAAGCCUAAUGAAUUGUUAUUGUGCCUUGAGUAAAUUCUUUCUUUCAUUAUUAUCAGAAUUCUAGAAAUUUUAGUUUUUUAACUGAAAACUGUUGAUUUACAUACUUAAAUUAAUUUUAAAAUGGUUUCCAAAGGCAUAUUAUGGAAAUUUAAUCUUGAAUUAAAUUUUAUAAUAAACACUUUUUUUUUUAUUAAAAGAAGCCUCAUGAUUAAGUAAAUUCUUUUGUUUAAAUAUUUCAUUUAAACAAAUAUAUUUUAUUAGGUAACAUUUAUCAGGUAAUUUCUGUGCAACAAUCAAGUAAAUUUAAACCUCAUGAUUAUUACUAUUGCAAUAAAUACUCAUACUGUUUCUAUAUAUAAAAUUAAUUUUUUUCCCGCUUUAAAUGAUGUGAUAUAUUUGAUUGAUCAAUUGUAUAUUCUGUUUUCAAUGUGCUUUUUUUCAGUAAAAUUGCUAUUUCUUACAAAA